AUUUUCUGCUUCUGCCUCCACUUCCCGCGGUCCGCCGGACUUUUAAUCUGGACAUCAUAUACUCGUUCCCAGGUCAAGGUUCAAAGACUGCUUCCGCCUUCCAACUCUAUAUCCCCUUACAGCUCUUUUUUGGCUCGAUUCCUCUCUUUUAUCCAGUUACGCAAAAGUGCCAUCUCCAAUCUGGCCGCUAAUCCAUACCACUGUCGUUUUCGCAUCGUCGCACCGUUCCUCCUGUUUGGACUUGUCCUGUGCUUUGCUUUUUACCAGCAUACCGGCAAAGUUCUCAUCUACCGAUCUACCUAACCGUCUAUUCCAUUCCAUGUUUUGCUGCCUUUGAGAUCUUUUAGGUCUCUCUCACCAAAUGCUACUUUCCAAAUCAACCGCUCAUUUACAACCAACAAACUCUUCGACCGACUCUGCAUGCAUCGCUCAAAGAUCGUGACCCUCCCAUUCUCCUGCUCGUGAGAGCAUAAAGUCCAGCCAUGAUCAAAUCAUAUGGAACUCUGCUAUGGAUGUCCAUCCUGUUUUGUCCUUGGGUGGACGCUGCCGGUAGAAUACCGCAAACCCGAGUAUUCCAGAACUCUUCAGAUGUUACGAAAGUUACUUCGACAUAUUCGUAUCCAACGUUGACGCUUGGGACGCAUUCAUACACGACUAAUUAUUGGAUCUCAUAUACAAAGUCUGUUUCGAGGCCACUCCAAACCCCGUACGACACCAGCCUUGAUAGCAAUGGCAAUCCUGUAAUGUACACGACCUGGUACAUCACCCCGGAUUCUAGCUCGUCUUACGAGGCCACCACUACCAAACCCGAGCAAUCGUCCUUGACCAGCUCAACGAAAUGGUUUAAUACAUCGAGUACAUAUCCAUCAAGAACGGCCCCUCCAUUAGACUUUACCUCGUACACCAAAUCCGACAAUUGGCCGAUCAAGACCGAUACACCAGAAACUGAGUCGAUAACAUCACCAAACUGCUCGACUUUGGAGCCGUGGGAGCCUGUAACAGUAUGGUCAAUUCUUCCAAACACAACAACAGUAACGGUCACGUUGACGGACAAUGCUUCAACAGCUUACUUCCAGACUCCCGAGUUCACUCCUCCCGUGUAUUGUUCAUUAACUCCCCCAUUAGCCAUACCGAUGCCAUCAAAACCUUCAGCAACAGGCCCAUUGGAGUCAACAGAUAGUGCUGUCGUGUCGUCGAGCACGUCUGUCGGAUUUUCCCCGCCAAAAACAAAUACAAUUCCCGCGUCGGCAUCAAUACGUCUCACAAUUACUGUAAUCACAACGAGUAAAAACGCUGUUACCAUCACGACUCGGGCUACUCUCCCCACGUUCCCAGCAGAGAAAACAGAUAAACAGACUGUAGAUCCAGGAACAUAUUCUGACACACACGUGUGGUCACCUUUUCCAAACCCACCUCCGCAAACUAAUCCACCUCUUGAAGUCACAACUAUUAUUAACCCUGACCGGACAGCGAAGACUCGAGUUACUUACGUGGUGGACGGCAUCACCCUUGUUGUUUCGCCGAGUCAAGCAGUGAUUGGAAAUCAGGUUGUGGGAAUUGGCUCACUGCCAAAGACAAUUACGGAAGGUGGUGAUGUGUUCACAGUUGGCCCUGAUCAAGUGGAGGGUCCUUUGGUCAUCAUUUAUGUUCCUAAUUAUACUGGCAAUGGAGGUGAAGUUGAGGAGCCGCCAAAGACGACCACCGUCCAAGGAGUUCCAGUUGAAGUGGGACCUACUGGAGUUGUGAUUGUAGGCGGAGGUGGCGGAGGGAAAACAACAACGAUUCCUAUCCAGCCAGGUGCAAAGCCGACGACACUUGUAGUCAUGGGACAGACAAUUUCGGUUGGACCGGGAGGGGUGGGGUUCUCAGGGACAACUAUCACGCCACCGCCAAAUAUGCCAACAAAUGUUGUUGUAGUAGGGGGACAGGGAUUUUCGGCUAUUGGAAGCUCGGUGGCUGUUAUUGGAGGUACAUCGUUUUCUUAUGGACCUGGAAUUGCAGCUCAGACUGUGGUUUUGAACGGAGAAGCUAUUACUGUUGGUCCCGCGGGGGUUGUGUUUGAUGGCACUACGAUUGGAGGGCCUGACCGAACAUCUGGGACCCAAUUUGCAGUUGCUGGUGGACUGUCAAUCUCAGAAGUUGGAUCUACAUUGGCCGUCAUCAACGGGAUGACGCUCACAGUCGGUCCAGGAACCACUCCAAUGACAACAGUCAUCAGCGGCCAAACCAUAGUCGCAGGACCUGAAGGCCUCGUAAUCGGCGGUGCCACGUUGACCAUCCCCUUCAAUCCGACCACUCAAGCGGUCACAGCGGGUGGCAUUACAUUCUCCCAAGUCGACGCAUCCGUCGCAGUGAUCAGUGGCAAGACAUACACUUUCGGGCCUGGAGCUCCGCAGACCACAACCGUGAUCGACGGCCAAACGAUCAGUAUAGGACCAGGUGGGAUAGGAUUCAAAACGACCACUUUCACGGCCAUGACAUCAAGACCAACAGGGACUGCGGCGGCACAGACAACGAGUAAGAAAAAAAGCGGCGUUGGGAGGCUCAGAAUCGGAUUUGGUGUUUGGGUUUCAACGGCGGCUGCUAUGUGCUACUUCGCCAGGUUAUGAAUGACCAGGAAAGAAAAGAAGGGCAGGUGUAUGGACGUCUGGCAGGGGAGGCUGGCAGGAAAUUUGUUUAACUGGAGUUUUGGGAAAAAGGACAGGAUAUCUUUGCAUAUACCCCGGAGUUUUGGGCCUUCUGAUGAUAUAAUGAAAUCUCAGAAGUAGUAAUCAUGUAAUUGUAUAAUAGAACGAUAAAAUGAGCAGAACAUAAAUUAAUUCUGG